AAUUGUAACUAGCAUCCAAUUUUAACUUGUUUUAAUUAAAUCCCUACAUGAUUAUACCUAGAAAUAUUUUGUUUCGUUUAACCUUCUUUUGUUAUUAGAAGAACCUAACUAAAAACUUUUUCACACUAUAAAGGCCUUAUUACAAAAAAUUACAAAUUACAAAUUACAAAAUUAAAAAAUAGGAUUUAGUGAUUUGCUAUACUUACAAAUUUAAUAAUAUUUUUGAGAUCUCAAGAUUAGUAAAAAAAAAAAAUUGACCAUGCUCAAGAAAAAUGAAUUUCUGUGGAAGUGGUCAAUUCUCUCUCUCUCAAACACAAAUUCCUCUAUUAUAGGCAAAUAAUUCUUCUGGCAAUCCGAAAUAUGCUCCUAAAUUUUUUACCCGAAUAAUGCUUCUAUGGUGCCUUAUAUAACUCCAUUAUUUUGCAAUGUUUCUCCUUGCCCUCAGCAAAUUCUCAUAAUAUUUAUUCUCAUCGUCUUCGUCCAAAACAUAAGCACAACCUCCUAUUUUCCAAAAAUGGGAGGUUGUGCUAGCAGACCCAAGACCCUUGAAGAGGAGCUCCCAGUUGAGGUUCUUACACCAAAAAAUAUUGAAGCUGAGGUUGAGGCUGAAACUGAGGUCAAGGUUGAGACUGAGACUGAGGAUACUUCUCUUGAAAAGGAGCUCCCAGUUGAUCCUCCUACACCAAAUAUUGAGACUCAGCUUGAGGUUGAGGUUGAGGGUGCUAGCUCCGAGGAGAAAAAGGAAGAAGGCGAAGCUGAGGGUGAGAAGAAAGAAGAAGCAACAGAAGAGAAGAAAGUAGAAGAAGUAUCUUCCGAGCCUGUUGAUGAUGCUUUUGUGGAAGUUGACAAGUCAUUUGAGAAAACAACUGAAGAGCCACCCCGUGUAAGCGGAGCUUGGGAAUUCAAUUUCAUGGGGUUGGCCUUAAAAAUAUAACAUUUUGGAUUGGUCAAUUAUUUAUGUAAAUAUAAUUGAGGAAUUCUGAGUCCAUUUAAUGUCUGAAGAUUGAAUUUUGAUUGUCUAUGUGUAGUUUGGAAAUUAUGUUUCUGACCUGUGAUUGAGACUGAAAUUUGAAUUUCUGAUUGUUUAA